AUGUGGAAUAGAUUAAGGAAAUCAACUUAUCUUCUUUUAUCGACUGUUGCAUUAUCAUUUAUUGUAUUAUUUGUAUAUGAACCAUUUCAACUUGUUCAUCGCUUCUACAAGCAUAAAGUGAAUGAUCUGUCCUUAUCUCGUAUAGUAGAAAAUGCGAAACCGUUAAAACAAUCUAGCGAAACGAAUGUUAUUAUACGCGCUAUUCUUAUUUAUUAUCCUCAUGAACAGGAACAAUCGUAUUUACCUGAAGUUCGAUGGUUAAGUCGUUCAUGGCUUGAAAUGAUGUUAGAUGAACCAAAAGAAUGGCGUACAGAUUUAAUUAUAUUCACAUAUCAAUUUUCGGCAGCAUUCAAAAGUUUAAAUUGUAUUAAUGAAAUUCGAAAAGAUGUUAAUGAACCACCUCGAUGUCGAAUUAUGUUUUACAUGCCAAUUGCUUCGCGUAAUGAAAGCGUUAUGAAAACAGUUUUCGAUUAUCAAAACAACGAAUUGAAGAUACCUAAUAUAUUCGAUAGAAAUACAUUUAAUAACGAACGUUCAUCGUCAUUAUAUAAGAAUUUGAAAACUUAUGCUUAUAUCGAUUCGAUCAAUUGUUUAGUUGAAGGUUAUAUGGCGUUUAAAAUGUAUGAUUAUGUACUUAGAGCGGAUACUGAUAUAUUUUUAACAAGAAAUUUUUCAAAUUACAUACCAGAAAAUUCAUCGAUUCUUGUUGGCUUGGGAGGUUAUGGUACAGAUUAUAACCGACGAAAAUUACGUCGAAUUGCCAGAGAUAUGAAUUUAAUGUAUAAAAAUAUGAGUGGAAUGGGAUCAACAUGGUUAGGUCCGCCUUACUCAGCAUAUUUGAUCGCAAAUUUAACGCUGGAUUGCAUGCUGUAUUUGGCUAUUAAUGAAUUUUCUGCUCCAGAGAGAGAUGGCAAAGUGGGAACAAUUCUUUGGCCUGACUGGCAUUUUGGCGUACUUUUACUCUAUGGUCAACAUUUGGCUAUAAAUCAUUUAGUUAUUGCUAAUAAUUUAAAAGUGAUAAUUGCCAAUGAAAUGCUUGAUCAAUCGACAACAAAUAAUCAAAGUAACGAUAUGAAACAAAAUUUACGUCUUGUUUUACAUUGUUGGCAUACCCAUUUACCAUUUUCAAAAUUUGAAUUCAAAGCUGGAAAAUAUAAUCAUAUAGAUCCGAGAUCAUUGAUUACGGAAACAAGUGCUCAAUCUUACGCCAUGAGAAUGUCAUUAGAAUCAAGAAUAAUGUCAUUAGAUGAACUUGGUAGACAAAUAUCAAAUGUAAAAAAGAUAAAACAGGUAAAUCAACAAAUGACUAUGGUAACGCAUAUAAUCGGUGAUAUUUCAUCCUGA